CCGUAGAAGCCACAUACGUGUAAAAAUCUAAACCAUCCAAACCCCUCUACCCCACGUCACAAUCCAACGCCUUAUCCUCUAUCCACGCUUUCCUCUCCCUUAUCAUCAAACAAACGGCUUACACUCCUCCACGUGGUCGCUUCGAUGCCAUUAUUAUUCCAACCAAUCCAACGGAUCCCCUACACUACUACACCUCCCAAUUCUCCCACUUUCUCUCUCCUCUCCCAAACAAAAAAAAAAAGCUUCAAAUCCUUCAUCAAUGGCGGAUUCCGACAACGAAUCCGGCGGCGGAGGAAACCGCGAGCUCUCCGCGCGCGAGCAAGACCGAUUUCUUCCGAUCGCCAACGUUAGCAGAAUCAUGAAAAAAGCGUUGCCGGCGAACGCGAAGAUCUCGAAAGACGCGAAAGAAACGGUGCAAGAGUGUGUGUCUGAGUUCAUCAGUUUUAUUACAGGAGAAGCGUCGGAUAAGUGUCAGAGAGAGAAGAGGAAGACGAUUAAUGGUGACGAUCUUCUUUGGGCUAUGACGACGUUAGGGUUUGAAGAGUAUGUUGAGCCUUUGAAGGUUUAUUUGCAUAAGUAUAGAGAGAUGGAGGGAGAAAAGAGCGCGGUUACUCCUGGUGGAAGGCCUGGUGAGAAGGAUGGAUCUUCCGGCGGGAAUUCCGGCGCCGGUGGUGGUAAUUCUGGUGGUUUUGGUGGAAGUUCCGGUGGAAAUUCUGGUGGUGUUGGUAGUGGUGGAAUGUAUGGUGGUGGGAUUAUGAUGAUGGGACAUCAUAAUAAUCAAGGUCAGAUGUACGGGUCCGGGUCAUAUCAUCAUCAUCGACAAAUUCUCAAAUGAGACGGUCUUAUCGAAAGAUGAUAGGUUAAGAUUGGAGACUAUACAAGACGAUCUUUUUGUAAACCAACUAUACGAGCAUUAUCAUGGGUAGCUCGGGCAGUAGUAGUGACUAGUGAGUGGAGAUACGAUAGGAGGUUGGUGGAGGGAAUUAUAUAAUUUAAACAAGUUUUUGUUAAGUAAUUAAGAAAAAGUGGCGGUUUUUUUGUCUCCUUUUUUAUAAGAUGCCUUGACUUUAAUUUAUUUGAGGCAUUGUUAAGGGAUUACUCCUAAUUAAUAGGGAGGUUACUAUUGUUAUAUUAUUGUUGGGAAAUAUGUAACUUUAGAGAAAGGGUGAAAGGAUUUUAACAAGAAGGUGAAAGAUGGAGAGGAGACACAUUGGAGGAAUGUGUAUUUUAUGAAAAUUCCUCAUGUUAUACUACUACUGCUUUUAGUUGGAGAUUUGGAGUGACUUUUGUAUUUAUUGAUCAAUGUAGUUGCUUUCUAAUUUUGGUUGUGCUUGUAUCUAUAUAUGACAAUUUUCAUGCUUGUAAGUUGUAUCAGUGUAUGUAUUGGAUUAUUGGUUAUAGGGA